AUGCGACGCAACGUCCGACGGAUUAACCGGGAGGUGAACGCCGGCCAGAAUCCGCCGUUCCGCAAAAGGCGGGGCAAAGACUCGGAGGCAGAUACGGCCGGCGGCACCAAAAAGAGGAAGGCCGCGUCUUUGAAGGAGCUCAAGCGCUUCUACGACGCGGCCGUCGACGCCGCGAGCGAGGUGUUGUCGACCGCCACCGCCACCACAAGCGGAAGCGUGCAAGGCACCGGAGGCGCAACGGUCACCGGGAAGGGGGGAAACAUCAUUACUACUACCCCUGCCCUUGCCGGGCACCCACUUCUGCCCGCCGACUCGUCAGCGUCCAUGUCAAGCCCCCGGCCCCGUGCCACUCGCUCCGAUGACGAUUGCCGUGGCGAUCAGCGUCUCGGAUUGCUCGCGGCGAGUGCCUCUCCCGGCAAUCCACCACCGAUGGCACCGUUUCCGCCGCGGCCGUCCCUCUUGCUGACUGGCGAAGGAAGGACUGCUGCUGCUGCCACUGCUGCUGCUGCUGCGGCGGCGGCGGCGGCGGCGGCGGCGGUAGGGACUAUUGUGCAGAAUAACACCGAUGUCGUCAGUAGAAGCACUGCGUGGACUGCUCCCGGCGGCGACGCUGCAUUCGGCGACGCCUCGGGUCGUUUGGGAGGACGGCAAGGGCAGCAGGAACGGAACGGCGGUAUCCACGCCCAUGGCCCCGGUGACGGCCACCGUUCCUCCGAAGCUCCACCUCCAGACUCCGACGACAACUGCCGGCGGCGUGGCUCGGCGGUCUCGGCGAGGACCCUGGUCGGAGGCUUCGUCGAGCAAUCCGUCCCGGAGUGCAGCGGAGGCGCUUUCCGGGAGGCCCUCCGCAAGAAGUUGGAGGCCACCGGAGGCACGCACUGCAAGCUCGGUUCGACCAGAAGGUUCAAACCCGCCGCCGCCGCCGCCGCCGCCGCUGUGGCAGCUGCGACGGUGGCCGACGCCGAGGGCGGCAACAAUCGCCUUCGCCGUGCAGCGGGAGGAGGAAAGAACCGCACCGCCGGCGCCAAAAGAAACGCCAACAUAAACGAGGGCGAGCUCAAGGACGUCGGUGGUUUCGAUGUGGGAGACGGAGCCUCCGCGCCGCGACCGUUCUCGGUUGGCUGCGGGGAUGAGGGUCGCCGAAACAAAACGGGCUCGAGAAGGAGCUGUUCUGGUAAUGAGGAAGGGAGACGACGAGGGAAGAGAAAGGGAUCGUCGUCGUCUUCGCUGCCACCGGCACUGUGGUCUUCGUCGCCGCCGGCGCAGCCGUCGUCGUCGCCUGCGAUAGGUCCAUCCCUCUUCACGCCGGCGCUCCCUCCCCCGGGCGAACGGUUGCCCCCGUCGACAGCCUAUUCCGCGCUGCCCGGGUUCAAGGGCACAACUCCGCGUCACAAGGACCCGGCCGCAGGCUCAGCCGCCACCGCCGCCGCUGCCACCGCCGCCGCCAUUUCGGGCCUUCCUCUUCCACCCCGCCCGACGACGGCGUGGCACGCAAAGUCUGCGCUCGUGCCUGGCGUGUCGCCGGUCUUACUCGAAGCGCUCAAAGAGUGCGAAAAAGACGGAGAUUGUGGUCUCCAUCAAUGCCACGCUGAGGCGGAGCAGCUGCAGCACACCACCGCCUCCCCUGUGGCAGCGGCACCGUUCUCGGAAUCGGGCGUCGACCAGCUCAAAACGCGGCGAUGGAGGCAAUAG